AUGAAAAUAUCUUCUUCAGUUGGCAUCGAGUGCCAUUCGUUAACGGAUGAUCUGUUGGGCCUGAAAUUUUGGCGGUUGACUUUGAUGGCGUUCCUGAGGAUUGUGACGUUGUUGCUGUGGUUGCUGGUCGGUGCAGGUGCGGACUGCGGUCUAGACGACUGUGUUUUCAAGUGUUGGGACAUUUGCGGAGAGGAGGUGCGGGACGCCAGCAGUUACAGACGUCUGGUGACAUUUGUCGGGUUGACACUGUUUUUGGACUGCGUUGGUCAGGCGGAUCUCAAGGGGAGUUUUUUGACAAUGUUUGCCAAGAUGGGAAUAACAGCUUUCUUGUUUCUGCAGGAGGUGAAGCUGGUGUUGCCGACGGUCUGCGUCAGGCGUCGUGUCGACAUGGAUCGUGUUGUGAUGCCGUGGAGGUGGUGCAAGGAGGUUGUGCCCCCCAAACCGGAGAUCUCAACGGCGGCAGUUCCGCCGGUGGUUGAGGAGCCUUGCCCUGUGGCGCCAACGGCCAACCUGGCGGUCGUACACGUGCCGGCAAGCAAAACGCCGUUCGUGGUUCGGGCGCCGCCCUUGAGGCAGCAAAGCGUCGGAGUGGCCCAUGAGGUGCCACACGUCAUUAAGGCGCUGUUGUCCACGCCCAAAGUGACUGUGAACAUCAAACAUGGUGUUGCCCACGUUGAAGCGGAUGUGGACUUGUGGACCGCUAUGGUCUUGGUUUUCAUGGGCCUUGGAGGUGCUGGGGCUACGUCUUUGGCAGUCUUUUUGGUCUGGCUUGUGAAGUUCAUCAGGGACAAGAUGGCGUUCCUGAGGAUCCUGGUGUUGCUGGUCGUCGGUGUUGCGGCUGCCGGGGCAGACUGCGGUCCCGAAGAUGGAGUGUUUGUGUGUUGGGACGUCUGCGGCAAGGAGGUGAGGGGCGCCGGCGGCUACGGGCCCCGCGUGACGUUCGUCGGGGCGACGCUGUUCUUGGACUGCGUCAGGCAGGCGGAUCUCAAGGAGGUGAAGCUGCUGUCACCAACGGUCUGCGUCAGACGUCGGUCCGAGAUGGAUCGAGUGGUGACACCAUGGAGGUGGUGCGAGGAGGUCGUGCCACCCGAGCCGGAAGUUUCGACGGCGGCAGUUCCGCCGGUGGUUGAUGAGCCUUGCCCAGUGGCGCCGACGGCCAACCUGGUGGUCGUCCACAUGCCGGCGAGCAAAACACCUUUCAUGGUUCGGGCGCCGCCUUCGACGCAGCAAAGCGUCGUGGUGGCCCAAAAGGUGCCACACGUCAUCAAGGCACCGUCAUCGACGCCGGAGGUGACGGUCAACAUCAAGCAUGGUGUUGCGCACGUCGAGGCAGACGUGGACCCGUGGACGGCGAUGGUCCUGGUCUUUAUGGGCCUUGGGGGAGCUGGAGCCACAUCUCUGGCUGUCUUUUUGGUUUGGCUGGUUAAGUUCAUCAGGAACAAGAUGGCGUUCCUGAAAAUGCUGGUGCUGCUGAUCGUCGGUGUUGCGGCUGCUGGAGCAGACUGCGGUCCAGAAGACAGCGUCUUCAAGUGCCGGGACGUUUGCGGAGAGGAGGUGCGGGACGCCGGCGGCUACGGACGUCGGGUGACGUUCGUCGGGUCGACGCUGUUUUUGGACUGCGUUCAUCAAGCGGAUCUCAAGGAGGUGAAGCUGGUGUCGCCAACGGUCUGCAUCGGGCGUCGAGUCGACAUGGAUCGUGUCGUGACGCCUUGGAGAUGGUGCAAGGAGGUUGUGCCACCCGAACCGGAGAUCUCGACGGCGGCAGUUCCGCCGGUGGUUGAUGAGCCUCGCCCAGUGGCGCCAACGGCCAACCUGGCGGUCGUUCACGUGCCGGUGAGCAAGACACUGUACGUGGUAUGGGCGCCGCCCUCAACGCAGCAAAGCGUCAUGGUGGCACAAGAGGUGCCACACGUCAUCAGGGCACCGUCGUCGACGCCGGAGGUGAUGGUCAACAUCAAACAUGGUGUUGCGCAUGUCGAGGCGGACGUGGACCCGUGGACGGCAAUGGUCCUGGUUUUCAUGGGCCUUGGGGGAGCUGGAGCCACAUCUCUGGCUGUCUUUUUGGUUUGGCUGGUUAAGUUCAUCAGGAACAAGAUAUCAGGGCUAGAUCCCCAAGAGUUUCAACAUUUAGACAAGUCAUUGUACAUGCGGGAACUGGUGCAGAUGCUGACGCCAGAGGAUCAGCAGGAUCCGGAAGCCCAACCAGUGGUAGAUCUGUUGGGGCUGGAAGAGACGGAUAAACCCGUCGAAGAGAAGAAGGAGGAAGAACUGGUCCUUGAGGACAACAACCCUUUCAAGGAAAUGUUGAACGCGUAACAGUUUAAGAAUGCGUCAAAAAGAGUGCCAUUUUUUGUACCCGCGUUUUUAUAUGGGUCAAGGCAAUAGAGAAAUUGUAAAAAGAA